AUUAUGGCGACCCGUAGCCCCAGCAUCAUGAUUAGUGAUGAUGAACCAGGUUAUGACCUAGAUUUAUUUUGUAUACCUAAUCAUUAUGCUGAGGAUUUGGAAAAGAUGUUUAUUCCUCAUGGACUAAUUAUGGACAGGACCAGACGGCUGGCUCAAGAUGUGAUGAAGGACAUGGGAGGCCAUCACAUCGUGGCCCUCUGUGUGCUUAAGGGGGGCUAUAAAUUCUUUGCUGGCCUGCUGGAUUACAUCAGAGCACUGAACAGAAAUAGUGAUAGAUCUAUACCUAUGACUGUAGAUUUUAUCAGACUGAAGAGCUACUGUAAUGACCAGUCAACAGGCGACAAAAAAGUAAUUGGUGGAGAUGAUCUCUCAACUUUAACUGGAAAGAAUGUCUUGAUUGUUGAAGAUAUAACUGACACUGGCAAAACAAUGCAAACCUUACUUUCCUUGGUCAAGCAGAAUAAUCCAAAGAUGGUCAAGGUUGCAAGCUUGCUGGUGGAAAGGACCCCGCAAAGUGUUGGAUAUAGACCAGACUUUGUUGGAUUUGAAAUUCCAGACAAGUUUGUUGUAGGAUAUCCCCUUGACUAUAAUGAAUACUUCAGGGAUUUGAAUCAUGUUUGUGUCGUUAGUGAAACUGGAAAAGCAAAAUACAAAGCCUAAGAUGAGAGUUCAAGUUGAGUUUGGAAACAUCUGGAGUCCCACUGAAGUCACCAGGAAAAUUAUCGGAUGUUCUAGUUCUGUGGCCAGCUGCUUAGUAGAGCUUAUUGCAUGUAUCUUCUAAGAAUUUUAUCCAUUCUGUAUUUUAGAAAGGUCAGUUGCUGCAUUCCCAAACUCUUUAUUUGCACUAUGAGCCUAUAGACUAUCAGUUCCCUUUGGGUGGAUUGUUAUUUGACUUGUGAAUGAAAAAUCUCUUA